AGUUUAUAUAGAGCAGAAAAAGUAAUUCACUGAUCAACGUCAACAAAAAAGAGUUGACAGUGCUCUCUUUAAGAGUGCCCGACUAGGAGAAUACCCAGCAUCUAGGUUGACGGACAAUGAAAUGGAGAUUUACUUUGACCCACAAAAAAUUAUUUAGUGAGUUGGCUCGACACUACAAUGAAAUUUCAAAUAAACUGUUCUUAUUUCCAUAAGAUAAUGUUUUGAGUAAAUAUUACUUCUUAAAGCUUACGAGGACUUCGAGAAAGGAGAGUGUGAUUUGGCCAUUGAAUUAGCUCAAGUUUCUCUCAACUGAAUUGGGGAAUGUAUGAGGUGUUUAAAGGUGUUCUAGCUCCUUUCCAGUGAUACCCGCCUUACACAUGUAUGUUAAAGCCAGGGUGUAAACAACUAGAAAAUACAACUCGUAAUUACGGUUAACGCUUCUUGGUGCCAGUACGUUGCUGAAUUUCUACCAGUUUCUGCCAGUCUGAAAAUGACUUUCAGGAAAAGUGUUGCAAGUGAACACACAAUGAAAAUUUGUUUGUUAUAUUUUGCCGUUAUACACCUCUCCCGGGCAAAUGCGAAUGACGGGAUUGAUUUUAGUGUAAAUGAUAUUAUGAACACUCAAAUGAUGCCGUUCCACAUAUUUGUUUAUGAGUUCAGUCCAACAAUAAAAAGAAACUACUCAACUGACUUUACGCCUGCCUUAGCUACAAUGAACUAUCACAGAAAAAUGAUGCAGCAGUUCAUGGCUUCCGACUACCUAACUAAGCAGAUAAUGCAUUUGAAUGCAGAUCGAUAUAAACAAAAGAUUAACAGACGAGUAGGCGAAUUUCAGAAUAAAUCAAAUUUAUUCAAUGAAGAUAAUCAUUCGUUACUCUUCGACGAUGGUUCUACGAGAUAUAAUGCUUGGUUAAGAACAACAACACUGGACGAUAUUCAACAUCAGUUAAAUCAUGCAGCAAACCAUUUAAAAAACGUCGAUAGUCCAGUUCGAAGACAAAUGUUGGAUCCUGCUGCAAAAUCAACUUUGGAGGUCUAUGAGGCAGACGAAGAUAGCGACUCUGGCGACAUUACGGGCUACGCAUACGACAGUUCUUAUAAUGACAGCAACUAUUUUAAUGCAAGUUAACCUUACUCGUUUUCGAAUUAGUUAUUAAAGUGAUAUGAUUAGCGACAAAUUAAGUUAUUCAUAUAUUAAUUUCUGAAGUGCGUCAAUUUAUAUCAGAGUACAACUUCACUAAAUAUAUUAGAGUAUGGCUCAUUUCGUAUGGCAGUUAAAGCUGCAUGGAAUUUAAUACUCCAUGCCAAGAAAACGUUUCAAAGGCACCAAACGUCUCAAUUAAAGAAACAGAUUUAAAAAAUCGUGCCAUCUUCUAUUGCACUUUCCUCUCAAGUAUAAGUACUCUAAAAUAUCAUUUGCAUAGAGCUCCCUUAAAAAUGAAUCUUUUUGAGUAUUGGUAAUUGGGAUUAAGAAUUAAGAAUGUGUGUCAUCAACUAUCGAUCAAUACGUUACUUCUCAUUAGAUAUGAGGAAAUAUUUUCAUAUUAUUAAUUCAUUUAUUAUAG